GUUGCUGUUUGACUUUGACUUGUUAGUUUGAUAUCAACAUUCAAUCAGUAUGCUGCUAUUUCUGUCCCUUGGUCUUUGUUGCAUUUUAGCUGUUUUCUUCUAUUUGUUUCUUGGCUCAAGUCCUAACCCUUUUGCUGUUGACGCAAGAAAACCACCUCAACCUUUGGUGCUGGACCAGAAUGCCAGGGACAAAAUCAUUAAGCAAGGCUUUACCGCGAACAGAGUGCCCGCUCAUCUUGAUGCCAUUGUGAUCGGCAGUGGAAUUGGAGGACUUACGGUGGCAGCGGUGCUGGCCAAAUCUGGCAAAUGUGUACUGGUACUGGAACAACAUGACCAGGCUGGAGGCUGUUGUCACACAUUCAUUGAAAACGGAUUUGAGUUUGACGUCGGUAUCCAUUAUUUAGGACAAAUGCAUGAGUAUGGACUGAUGCGUAUCGUCAUGGACCAAAUCACUGAUGGGCAGGUGGAGUGGCUUCGAAUGGAUGAUCAAUAUGAUAAUAUAAUCCUCGGUAAAGGUGACAACUCUCGUAAAUAUGAACUACACAGAGGUAAACAAGGGUUUAUUGAUGCUCUGAAGAGGCAAUUUCCUCAGGAGAAGCAAGCAAUAGAGAAAUUUAUGACACUUGUAAAGCAAGCUUCAAAACAUGUACCCCUGAUGGCUAUCCUGAAAAUGAUUCCCCUUCCAUUGGCCAAAUUUCUUGUCAGAACUGGCAUUAUCCAUUGGAUCUCCACUAUAUUCAAGGCGGCAAGCACAAGUGUUACUCAUGUUGUUAAUGAGCUGACAGAAAACCCAGAUCUAAGAGCCGUCUUUAGCUAUAUGUUCACGGGUGUUCCUCCCAAAGACACCAGCUUUGUAAUGAAUGCAUUACUGGUACACCACUAUAAGCGUGGAGCAUGGUAUCCCAAAGGAGGGUCCAGCCAGAUUGCUUUUCAUUGUAUUCCAGUUAUCCAGAGAGCAGGUGGAGCUGUUCUUGUGCGUGCUCGUGUGCAACAAAUCUUAAUUAGUGAAGAUGGAAAAGCCUGUGGUGUGGUCGUCAAUAAAGGGCAAAGGGAAAUAUGUAUUUCUGCACCCUCGGUGAUCUCUGAUGCUGGAAUAUACAACACCUAUGAGCAUCUUUUACCAAAAGAAAUCCAAGCCAAACCUGCCAUUCAGUCACAACUUGACAUGGUGCAGCACAGCAUGGGAUCAUUCCUUGUAUUCGUUGGUCUCAAAGGUACAAAAGAAGAGUUAGGAUUGAAGGCAACCAAUUAUUGGAUUUAUCGAAAUAACAACUUGGAUGAGCUAAUGAGCUACACUAUUUCAGCAAGCAAGGAGGAAUUUAAGAAAACUAUUCCGAUGUUAUUCAUUACCUUUCCAUCUGCCAAGGAUUUCACCUGGAAGGAACGACAUCCAGGACAUUCGUGCAUGACAAUUCUGACCAUGGCUCGCUAUGACUGGUUCGAGGAAUGGAAGGACAAAAGAGUAAAGAAUAGAGGAGCAGAUUAUGAAAAAUGGAAGAUGGACAUUGCCAGGAAACUAUUAGACUGGGCCAUCGAUUUAUUUCCCCAGUUAAAGGAUAAGAUUGAAUACUUCAAAGCUGCAACUCCACUCAGUAAUCAAUACUACUUGGCUGCUCCUCGUGGGGAGAUGUCUGGUAUCAACCAGGACCUCGCUCGGUACACACCUGAAGUUUUAGCCUCUAUCAGAGCAAAAACUCCCGUGAGAAACCUUUACCUCACUGGUCAGGAUGUCUUUUCCAAUGGGGUAGCCGGAGCUAUGCAUGGAGGUCUUAUCUGUGCCUCCGCCGUUUUAGGGCGAAUUGUAUAUCUGGAUCUUCUUCGUCUUAAAAGGAGACUUAAGAAAAAACAGCAUAAAAAAGCAAUGUGAAACCCUGACUGCAGCUCCAUAAGUGCUUUAUUCCUACAUGUUUUGAUGACAUUGUGCAUUGCAAUAUAAAGGACUCCUUUGUUAACUCAG